AUGGGCUCCAAAGUCAGCAAAGUCAAGGAACGCGCCACAGACGGCAAACUGCAACCCAGCCAGGAGCGCCUCGACAAGGAGCAGAUGAAGGAACCGAGCAACUACUAUUCACACCGUAGCAAGAGCAUGCGGAGGAAAGCGGGGAAAGGAGGUGCUACAAGCGAU